AUGGCCCGAGCGGAAGUUAAAAAGGAAGGUGAUGAUUAUGACAUUCCAAAUGAAGCAGAUGACAUUCGUUUGAUGAAUGAAAGUCGGGUGGAACCUUAUCAUGGUUGCGAAGCUGGUCCGAGCAAUGAAAAAACAACCAACAUGAACGUUGAAGAUGGCGGAGCCGAUGUGAAAAAAGAAAUGGUUGACGAUGCUCAUGGCAAUGUCAUGGUUGGUGAUGUUGAACGUGCUAUUCUGGAACAGAAAUUUGAUUCGAUCAAAGAUGGAGAAGCUUUCUACAAUGCGUAUGCUAAAGCCAAGGGAUUUAGUAUACGGAAAUCCAUAUUUAACACAAAUAAAGAGGGAAAGGUCGUUAGUAGGUUGUGGUUGUGUUCAAGGGAAGGUCAGAGAUUACUAAUAUACUUGGACCGUGUUGCUGAGAAGAGUAGAGCUCCCAAGGCACUAACAAGAGUAGGUUGCAAAGCCCAAUUUCGCAUACGGUACGAUGCAGAUGCUGGUGAAGGGGGAAAGUAUGUUGUGACUCACUUCGUCGCAGACCACAACCAUGAAUUGGCGGAACAACACUGUGUGAUGUAUCUGAGGUCACAUCGCAGUUUAAACAGCGCUGACAAAGCUCAAGCAAUGGCUAUGCGCAACAUCGGUGUGAAGACUAGCCAAAUCAUGGAUUAUAUGAUAAAUCAAUCCGGGUCUUAUGAGAAUGUUGGUUUCGUCCGUACGGAUCUGCACAACCAUAUUCAAGCCGAACGUAGAGCAGAAGUUGAGGAUGGUGAUGCGCAGGAUUCGAAAUCGCGGGCCGACUACGCAAAGUUUGGUGAUGUGUUGAUAUUUGACUCAACUUACAGAACCAGUGCAUACAAGAAGCCUUUUGUCAUGUUCGCUGGUAUGACUAGCCACUUUAGGACCACGAUAUUUGCAUGUGUUUUGCUAGCUAAUGAGACAAUUGAGACAUACACAUGGGUUUUGGAAACAUUUAUGGAGGCGAUGGGCAAUAAAGCACCUGUGUCCGUACUGACAGAUGGGGAUAAGGCGAUGCGAGAGGCAAUCAGAAGAUGCAUGGACAUGGAAACGGAUGAGACAAAGUUUGAGCAUGGCUGGACGACAAUGGUCGAAAAAUUUGGACUUCAAACCAACAGUUGGGUGUUGGAGACAUAUGAGAAUCGUCAUAUGUGGGCUGAGGCAUAUAUGCGUGGACAUUUCUUUGCUGGGAUGAAGAGCACUCAGCACUCGGAGUGUAUGAAUGCUUAUUUCAAUCCCUUCCUCCAACACAAAUUAAAGCUAUAUGAAUUUGUUAGGCACUAUGAUCGGGCUCUUGCAAGGAUAAGGUAUAACGAGGCUAGAGAUGAUGCUUGUGGGGGCCGAAUAAUGGAAAGAUCAGAUGGUAUGUAUCUUUGGAAGACUGAUAUUAAUCGGCUAUAUCCUACGACAGCGGGGAGUCGAAUAGAAUAUAUGUGCCGAAUAAAGUAUAAGUACUUAAGGCCGAAUAAAGGAAAGGACAAUGAUUAA